CUUCGACCUUCAAGUUUGGCAUACUGGGAUGAUUCUCCGACCAUCCAUCCAGGGUAAAUGCAACAUCUUACUGGUGUUACAUGAGACUUGCGAUCGAGUCGGAGAGGAUCCGGCGACUUUUGGCAGGGCGACAUGCUACGGCAAAGAGAAUGGCCGCAAUGUUGCGGUUCUGAUCCUUCUCGUCAAAACUGGACAAAUGAGUCCUUUUCGCCGGGCUCGCACCGCCUAACGCCUGACCAUAUAAUCACAACCGCUCGGGACUCCUUGUUUCCACGCGCCGACUUCGAGAGCAUACACUUACUUUUCGAAGGCUGGAGUCGAGAAUUCAGCCAUUGGGCCGGAGCUGGACCAGGUCCACCGAUCCGACCCCCCCCGAAAGAAUGAUCGCUGAUUUCGAGUGGUUCGCGAGAUUCCUCGCGUUUUGUUCCAGCAUCCUCCCAGGCAUACAUAAACCCACACCCUGAGCUGAUGAGGCUUAGCCCUCCCGGCUCCCCUCCCUUCCCAUCCUCACGACCACCGACGACGACCAGUACCAUGCUUCAUGAACAAAUUCCAACCGAAGAAACGACUUUGCUCCGCAAAGAAAAGAAACGCACCCCGCUUCCCAAACUGCAGCUCGCCAUCAUCCUCCUCAUACAAAUUUGCGAGCCACUCGCCAGCUCGUCUAUAUAUCCCUACAUCAACCAACUCGUCAGUGAGCUGGACAUCACGGGGGGAGACGAGAAGAAAGUGGGGUACUAUGCUGGGAUGGAAUCUCUGUUCUUUCUGGCAGAAGCGAUGACUGUCCUACAGUGGAGUCGUGCGUCGGAUCACGUAGGUCGGAAACCUAUUCUCCUCAUCGGCUUUCUCGGCUCUGCCAUCUCCAUUCUGUGUUUCGGAGUUAUGAAGAGUGCCGUCGGGGAUAUGACGGAUCGGACCAAUCGUGCUGAUGCCUAUGUUUUCAUCCCUAUCGUCUGGGCACUAGGCGCUUCUGGAGGUCCGCUUAUCGGCGGAACACUCACCAAGCCUCAUGACCGCUUCCCGCAUCUGUUUACAUCCAGAUUCUGGGUCGAAUAUCCGUACUUCCUGCCGUGCCUGGUGACUGGCGGGGCAGUGCUGGUGUCCUGGUUUAUCGUGCUGGCCCUAUUCAAGGAGACACUCCAUCGAGAGCCCCACUUUGUUACCGAAUCCGGCGCCCCUCCCAAACGACGGGGCCCUCGGCCUCUUCGAGAGCUUCUUGUGUUCCCCGUCGUCGUUUCGGUUUCGAAUUACGUCUCCCUGGGAUUCCUCAACACCACAUUUCAAGCAUUGCUUCCACUGUUCCUGGCAAUGCCACGUGACAUCUGCGGACUGGGUCUCCCUCCGUCCAAGAUCGGCGUGAUUCUCGCCUCGCUGGCCAGACGAUUCGGGGAGCGCACGAUCUUCAUCGCCGGCAUGAUGACGUUGCCGUUGAUGUUCUUCCUCCUGCCAGUCAUCAGUCUACAGGCCGUGCGAUACGGAUUGAACACCGUCACGUGGAUUCUGCUGGCCUUGCUGCUGUCACUGGCUGCAAUGAACGAUCUAUCAUUCAGUUCCAUUUUCAUUUUCAUGACGUCGUCUGCUCCCAAAUCGAGUCGUGGCAGCGUCAUGGGCAUGGCUCAGACCACGGUUGCUCUCGCACGUGCCGUCGGCCCGGCCAUGUCGACUUCCCUGUUCUCCCUCUCCGUGCAGCACAACCUGCUCGGCGGGUACUUUGUGUACUUUGUGUGCAUGUCGCUUGCCUGCUCGGCUCUCAUACUUGCGAAAAAAUUACCAGAGGAGGUAUGGGAGGACGUUGAAUAGACCAUGUCGAUACGCGACAUUUCUUUGGGUUUGGGAUUGAAAUAAAAAUAUGGAGAUGGAUUUAGAUGAUCCGGUCUUAUUUGGAAUAGUUGUCCGCUCCCUGAGUCGUG